AUGCCAGGCCUCAGAGCUGAGGAACUCCCGUCAGAGAGACUCUCGGUAGGUAAGCAGAUCGCGUACUACUUGAGGCGCUUCGUGACGGGUGACACGCGAGGUCAAAGAGUAGCAGUGGUAAUGAGUGUCGACGAUACUCCUGGAAACGAGCUACCAGUAUCGCUUGACGCUGGAGACUCGCUGCUACUCACAGUCUUCAUGCGUCGAAGCCACGACGUCCUGGGAAACGAACUAAACCUAGAGCACGUCAAAUGGCGCAAGCUAGCAUCCUGCCAUAUCGAGCGUCUCCAACGACGCAAUUGCUGUUACGACGGCCUCACACUGCGUGAUGAGAGCGACCAGACCCCGGCUGCGGCCUCGGUGGGUCCGUGUGUGAAACAGACCCCGUCGCCAAGGGCCAGUGACUAUGUCGACGCUUCCAGAGCUGCCAAAUCAGACGCAAUGCGCACAAAAAACGCUGCAAGUAAAUCAAGCGAACGAGCAGCCUGCCCGCGUGUGUACACCUGA